AUGGUACAUCAAGCAGCCACGGGGCAGCCCGUUCGCUUGGCUACGUCAUGUACUGAAUGUCAGCGUCGAAAGCAGAAGUGUAGCCGCGAUUGGCCAUGCAAUCAUUGUCAAGCAAGAAGAGUGGCUCAUCUAUGCAAAUUUCCCCCCAAAAAGGCGCUCAAGGUGACCAGGUCUAUGACGAACAAUGCAAGCAUAGAUACUCCACAGACGGCUUCUGUAGAGUCGAAUCACGAAAUUUCGAGUUCUAAUACAAUCACGGCAAUCACCAACGACAAUGCUUUUCGUAUGCUCGGAUACCUUCCUGAUAGCGAGGUAGCGACGCCUCAGGGUGCUGAGAGAUAUCAAUCUGCCGCGAUAUCUCCGGUCUCCUGUAGCACUAUUCAGCCGGAGAUGGAGAAAGCCAUCCGUAUAGUCCCUCCAAAACCAUACACAGACAUCCUGAUACAGCACUUUCUCAGUGAGAUCAAUCCUCAAUACUAUUGUCUUUACCCGCCCACAUUCUCGCACGACUAUGCUACUUGGUGGUCUGGCAAGGCGGCGGGUCAGGCGUUGACUCCCGAGUUUACUUGCACGCUUUUACACAUAUGCGCCUGCGCAACCUUAUAUCUGGACUUUGAUGCCCGACAGAAGCUGGAGACGGAGCUCGGGGAGAACGCCCAGAAUCUUGCCGAACAUUAUCAUCAUGCUGCCAAGCAGCUUAGCAGUACCAUUGCACCUGGUAAAGGCGGGCUGACUCAAGUGCAACAACUGUUCCUGAAUGCAGUUUACUACAAAAGUGAAGCACAAUUUGUUGAGUCAUGGCAUGCUCUGGGCGCUGCGAUCCACCAAGCGCAGGAAUUAGGCAUGCACAAGAGUUCAUCCAAGGCGAUUGCCUCAGAGUUCGAAUGCGAAAUGAGAAGGCGAAUUUGGUGCAUAUUGUAUACUUGGGAUUGGCAAAUGUCUCUAUUAUUAUCGAGACCAUUCAUCAUCAACAGCAACUACUGCUCUUUUGAACUGCCAAACCUACGCCUCGAGAGCCCUGAUCCCGAGGAGUUCGGGCUUUCACCGAUCGCUCACAUGACUUUCCAAUGUGAGCUCGGACAGACUAUCUCCAAGAUACCCGGUGUGAUGGGUGGCUUAUUGUCGCCCGCACAGGCCAUUACCAUCCAACAAGAGACUGAGAAGUGGUUUAUGAACCUCCCCGCGCCAUACAGACCAGAAAACCCCGACACUCGCUGGGAUCAAUCUCACAAACACGUGGCAAUACAGCGGCAUCAGCUACAUGCGAUCGGGUAUAUGGUAAUGUUUCUGCCUUUGAAGCCAUGCCUCACAAUGACUGUCGAUCAAGACAAGCCUAGCAUUGAGAGGAGUCUUCGACCGACUGCUGUCGACUGUGCACUGAAGCUGUUGGAAUCAUCGCAGCGGAUGCUAGCGUUUAUGCUACCUGCAAACGCCAAGUUCCACUACGCCCCCUUCAUUAUCUUUGAUACAGCAGCCUUCUUAUGCUCUGCAAUUAUCCAUGAUCACAACAGCACUCUUCCCGGCCGAGACAAGACUAUCGAAGCAAUUUCGACGGCUCUCGAAGCGCUGGAACAGAUAUCCGAGAACACAAAGACCGGUGCCAUCUGCUAUGCGGUACUUAACAGGCUUGCGGGCAGUAUGACUUUGACUGGAGAGGAAAAGGCGGCCAUAUUCUCCAGGUCGUCGGACGGAUCCCUAGAGGGACCCAUUACACCUCCUUCGACAUCGCUAGGAUCUGGUGCAGAUUUUGAUGCCACCUCUGCUUCCACGGACCUGGAUUUGCCCUGGAGCUCUAUAGAAGCUGGCAUCAACUAUUCGUUACCUUUAGGGUUGAGUCCCUUGGCAGCAGGAACCAGCGAAUUUGCUGGGAUGGACGGUCUUCUCAGCGUUGAUAUGUGCGAACUGGGCCAAAUAUGGGACUGGGGUAACCUGGACCUGAACCUUCAAUGGCCCCCUCCUACCUAG